AUGCGGACGCCGGUGGUGAUGACGCUGGGCAUGGUGCUCGCGCCCUGUGGGCUGUUACUCAACCUGACCAGCACGCUGACGCCCGGCUGGAGGCUGUUGGAGGGCUUCCUCGACCAGCCGCUGGACCUGGUGCUGUACCAGGGCCUGUGGGACAUGUGCCGCGAGCAGAGCAGUCGCCAGCGCCAGUGCGGCCAGCAGGACGACCUCGGCUACUUCGCCGCCGAGCCGGUGCGCGUGGCCCGGGGACUGAUGGUCACGUCGCUGGCCGUCACGGGCCUGGGGCUGCUGCUGGCGACGCUCGGCGUGCGCUGCUGGAGAGACGAGCCUCACUUCGCGCUGGCCGGCUUCUCCGGCGUCGUGCUCUUCACCGCGGGCCUCUUGAGCCUCAUCCCAGUCUCCUGGUACAACCACUUCUUGGCGGAUCGUACCGUCCUGCCGGCCCAGCCCAGCCCGGUCACGGUGCAGGUCGGCUACAGCUUGGUGCUGGGCUACCUGGGCAGCUGCCUGCUGCUGCUGGGCGGCUUCUCGCUGGCGCUGAGCUUCGCGCCCUGGUGCGCCGAGCGCUGUGACAGCUGCCGCAAGGCGCCCUCCAGCAGCGCGCGCCGCAGCAGCAUUAGCACGGUGUACGUCGACGGGCCAGAGCCCGCACUCACGCCGGCCAUCAAGUACUAUAGUGAUGGCCAGCACCGGCCGCGGCCUCAUCAGCUGGGCGCCGCCAGCCAGCGCAAGGCCGGCUUCCCGAUGCCCCGGCCCCCACCCAAAGCCUACAGCAACCCGGUGGACGUGCUCGACGGGGAGAAGGCUCCAAACUCCGAACCCGGCGGGUCUUCCCGCAGCACUCGGCCCUGCGGCAGCACGCUGCCCUGCGACUCGGACGUGUAG